AAAUUCCAUAAUAACCUCUGGUAUUUCUGUCGGAGUAUCAACCGAGCUUCUUCCACUCUGCAGUACCAGCAUACAACGUGAGAUGAAGGCAGACGGCCCAGGCGGCAACAUAAUCAUACCAAAGGAAUGGUCUGAUGCUGCGGAAACCAUAGCGCGCGAUUCAAUCACCUCGCCCCCUCCGAUAGCUUUAAUCUGCGGCGCCAGGGGCUGCGGCAAGAGUACCUUCUCUCGUUUCCUUGUCAACACUUUCCUCUCUAGGUCAUCAAAGUUGAGGUAUGAGAGAGUAGCUUAUUUGGAUACAGAUGUUGGGCAGACGGAGUUUGCUCCCCCGGGUUGUCUAUCUCUCUCUGUAAUUGACAAAGAAAUCGAAGAUUUGACAAUUCCAUGCCUGAAAACACCAGAGAGAGCCUUUUUCUUUGGUGAUGUUUCUUCAAAAAGGGACCCAGAAGCAUACUUGAAUUAUAUACUUGCUCUAUAUGAUUACUAUAAGGAGUAUUGCAUGUUCUCCAAGAGUAAAAGUUCUCGUAACACUCCCCUUCUUGUUAAUACACCUGGUUGGGUGAAAGGUAUUGGUUAUAACACACUGGUGGACAUGCUUAAGCGCAUUGCUCCUAGUCAUGUAGUUAAGAUCAGCGUGCCUUGUGAGCGCAAGAACCUACCAGAUGGGGCAUUUUGGUUAGAUGGUGAUUGUGAUGAAACACAAAAACUAUUUGAGAUCAAUUCAGCUCGCCAGGACUUCUCUGAUAGAUUGAUGCUAGUACAAAAAGAUGCACGCCUGCUGCGGGAUAUGCGAAUAAUGGCUUAUUUCAGGCAGUGCAUCCCAAAUAACAUGAAUAUCUCCACAAUCAGAGAACUCGCACAUGCGUUAGUCUCUCACCCUCCUUAUGAGAUUUCCAUAUCAAGUGUCAAGAUUAGACAUCUCCAUUGCCAGGUCCCUCGUACGGAAAUCUUCCGGAGUUUGAAUGCAAGCUUAGUUGGUUUGGCUAUUAGCUCAGAAGAGUCUGAACAGUUUUCCCACUGUGUUGGUCUUGGGAUUGUAAGAGCCAUUGACACAUCAAAACAUUUGCUGUAUGUUAUUACGCCUGUUCCACAGAGCACUCUGGAAAAGGUUGAUCUUUUCCUGCAAGGGUUUGUCCAAAUUCCUACUUGUUUGUUGCAGGUUGAGGAAUGCAUGUCACCUUACAUGUCUGCAAACGUCUGGGACCUAGCUAGCAAGGGUUUUGCAGCCCGGAUAGGGGAUGUUGAAUUUAAGAAGUGAGGUAUAAAUCUCUUAAAAGAUGUAUUUUUUCAAAUCAACUUUUAUUCAGACGCGGUUGUAAUAGCGGUCUUUUGUAGCUUAUGCAGUUAUUUGUAAAAAAAAAUUGAUUUUUUUUUUUUGGAGAGGUGUGAUUUGUAGAACCUUGUAUUGGCUGGAGUGGUUAGAACUAGCAUUUUCAAACAUAUAAUCAUUUGUGAAACUACAGGGCGCAAAUUGCUGAAGUCUUGGCUGGUGCAUUUUGGGACAACUAACUGCUCCUGAAUGAUCGGUAAUUGUAAAACGGCCUUCUGUUUAUUUGGGGGAGGCAGGAUUGGAAUGAAAUGAAAUGAAAAUUUGGACUC